CGCGACGACGCCGCACCCCACGCGCCUUCUUCCCCACUCACUCUCGCUUGCACGUCGCCGGUGCUUAAUGCCUUUACGAGACCUAGAGUAAUCGACAAACUACCUAUCCGCCUAAUAAUUUCAUCUCGCAGACGACAGCGAGCUCCGCAAUCCUCCGCAGCCUGGUUACCUGCCCACGAUCUACGCUCUGACAUCGAUGCGCCACCACGCCGAACGCUCGUAAUACACGUAUAGGGUUGGUCGCUAUCCUCAAGGGCUCUUGAGGAUACGGGGAGGAUACUUGCGACGCUUGCCGCAGUUGAGAAGCUGCAUAUCGCAACAAUGUCGGCCGACAGAAACAUGGAAGCCUAUCUGGCCAAGCUGGCAGAUCCAUCGGGGGAUCUGAAGCUCAAGACUGGCGUCGCGACAGAAAUCCGUGACAGCAUUGAGCUGUACUCUUCCGGUUCCACCUACAAUUCCUUCCUAGAGAAGUUCAUACCGGUCUUCCUCAAGCUGCUUGACGGGCCACCGGUCUUCAUCAGCACGUCGCAAGAGCAGAGGUUGCGAAACUGCGUCUUGGAAAUCCUACAUAGGUUACCUAUGAGCCCCGCGGAAGCCCUCGAACCGUAUGCGCCGCAAAUCGUCGACCGGUUAAUGGUUCUUGCGAAAACCGAGAAUGAAGAUAAUGCAGUCCUUUGCAUGAAGACGAUCAUGGAUUUCGAGCGGCAUCAGACCAAAGUUCUUGCUGACCGGGUACAGCCUUUUUUGGAUCUGAUUGCCGAGAUGUUCGAAAAUAUGGAUGCCGCGGUCAAGGAAACCUUCGACAAUCCAUCGGGGAGCGGCGGUUCACAGGCGGGUGUUCCGUCAACACCAAGUGGUCAGCAAUACUCCCAAUCGCCACGGCCAGGGUCGCCAGGGAAUGCGUCAGCAGCUGGGGAACUGGGAGGUGAACAACAAACGGCGCGGCAUUUGCUGAAAGGCAUGCAAUCUUUCAAAGUCCUGGCAGAAUGCCCGAUCAUCGUGGUAUCCUUGUUCCAGGCGUACCGGAAUUGCGUCCACAAGAAUGUCAAGCGCUUUGUUCCGCUGAUCAAGAAUGUGUUAUUGUUACAAGCUGCUCCGCAAGAAAAGGCACAUGCGGACGCAAAGGCAAAGGGUCAGAUCUUCACGGGUGUGAGCAAGGAGAUCAAGAACAGGGCUGCUUUUGGCGAGUUCAUCACUGCACAAGUGAAGACAAUGAGUUUUCUGGCAUACCUGCUGCGUGUGUACGCCCAGCAGUUAACGGAUUUCUUGCCUACAUUACCGGAUAUUGUAGUGCGGCUCCUGCAAGAUUGCCCCAGAGAGAAAUCCGGGGCGCGUAAAGAACUUCUGGUUGCGAUCCGACACAUUAUCAACUUCAACUUCCGCAAAAUAUUCUUGAAGAAGAUAGACGAGCUACUAGACGAACGGACACUGAUAGGGGAUGGUCUUACGGUCUACGAGACAAUGAGGCCUCUCGCCUAUAGCAUGCUUGCUGAUCUCAUCCACCAUCUGCGGGAGUCAUUAUCGCGAGAACAAAUCAGAAGAACCGUCGAGGUUUAUACCAAGAACUUGCACGACACAUUCCCUGGAACCAGCUUUCAAACGAUGAGCGCAAAGCUGCUCCUGAACAUGGCCGAAUGCAUUGCGAAGCUCGAGCCGAAGCAGGAGGCCCGCUAUUUCCUGAUUAUGAUCCUAAACGCCAUCGGAGACAAGUUUGCAGCAAUGAACCGGCAAUACGACAAUGCCGUGAAGCUCUCGCAGCAGUACUCGCAGCCUUCGAUCGAAGCGACGCCGGAAAAUUUCCUUGCAGAGAAGGAUUCACCACCGGAUUGGGACGAAGUAGACAUUUUCAACGCCACACCGAUUAAAACGACGAACCCCCGCGAACGUAGCUCCGAUCCUAUUGCAGACAACAAGUUUUUAUUUAAGAAUCUGCUUCAUGGCCUUAAGAAUCUCUUUUACCAGCUCCGCGCAUGCAAUCCGCCAAAAGUCAAGGAGGAGAUUGACCCCAACGUUCCAACUCCGGCAAAUUGGCACGAAGUUUCUUUCGGCUACAACGCUGAAGAAGUGGAGGUGCUCAUCAAGCUUUUCCGUGAAGGCGCACAGGUUUUCCGUUACUAUGGCGUGGAGAAGCAGAGUGGCGAACCUCAGAACCUGUCCCCCAGCGAACUUUUGGGCAACCAGCAUAUGAUGUCCAGCGGAAAAGAAGAAAAGGAGCUUUUAGAGACGUUCGCGACGGUGUUCCACCAUAUCGACCCGGCUACAUUCCACGAAGUCUUCGAGUCGGAAAUCCCGCACCUCUACAACAUGAUGUUUGAUCACAAUGCGCUCCUUCAUGUGCCACAGUUCUUGCUAGCGUCCGAGGCUACAUCUCCGAGUUUUGCGGGGAUGCUGCUACAGUUUCUUAUGGGUAAGAUUGACGAAGUGGGCACAGCCGACGUCAAGAAAUCGUCUAUUCUGUUACGUCUAUUCAAACUUUCCUUCAUGGCCGUUACUUUGUUCUCGCAGCAGAAUGAGCAGGUCCUUCUGCCGCAUGUCACAAAGAUUGUCACCAAGUCAAUCGACCUUUCGAUCACUGCAGAGGAUCCCAUGAACUAUUUCCUGCUUUUGCGAUCCCUUUUCAGGAGUAUUGGCGGCGGCCGAUUCGAGCAUCUGUACAAAGAAAUCCUUCCACUCCUGGAGAUGCUGCUAGAGGUGUUGAACAACUUGCUUGUGGGUGCUAGGAAACCGUCAGAACGGGACCUCUUCGUUGAGCUUUCCCUGACUGUCCCGGCUCGCUUAAGUAACCUUCUUCCUCAUCUGUGCUACUUGAUGCGACCACUCGUGGUGGCAUUGAGAGCCGGCUCCGAUCUUGUUGGACAAGGCCUUCGCACAUUGGAGCUUUGCGUAGACAACUUAACCGCGGAUUACUUGGACCCAAUCAUGGCGCCUGUCAUUGACGAACUUAUGCAAGGGCUUUGGGAGCACUUAAAACCAAACCCAUACAGCCAUUUCCAUGCGCACACUACGAUGCGCAUCCUCGGCAAACUUGGAGGACGGAAUCGAAAGUUCCUUAACGGCCCUCCUGAGCUGGCAUUCAAACCAUAUGCCGAUGAUGCGCCUAGCAUUGACAUCAGGCUAGUUGGCUCGAUGAAAGAUCGCGCUUUCCCUAUGUCUGUCGGUGUGGAGAAUGCCAUCUUCAAGCUCAACGAGUCUGCCAAGACUGCUGCUGCGAAGAAGUCUGAUAUUUUCCACAAGCAACAGGCAUUCAAGUUCGUAUUGGCACAAGCAAAACUCCUUAUCGGAAUAGACAGCCUGCCAGAUGACUUUGCAGAGCUCGUUCGUUUGCAAGCAAAUGAUCUCAUUGCUGCGAAGGGGGACGUCGGUCCCGAUAUCUUCGAGGCCUCGGAAAGAGAAAAGUCCAGUGCCAAAAAGGGUGCUCAGCAAGAUACGCUCCGGAAGCUGCUGAAAGCUGUCAUGUUUUCUGCGUCCAUCCCCGAAUUGAAGGAAGAGGCGGCAGCCUUCAUGAACAACGUUUGCAAGCACUUCGCUCUUUUGGAGGUGGGCACGGCGCUUGCCAUCUCCAAACACCGUAAUAAGCCGUUCGACGUCAAUUCUGGUGAGGGCCCUGUCGUCAUCGAGACCAGAGUGAUAAUCGACGCGAUAGCAGACAGCUUGUCAUCUGACCAUGUGGAGGUGAAAGAGGCCGCAGAGGACGCCUUGAAGGCUUUGUACGAUUCCGCAGUCAUCAUUUUCGGCACGCCGGCAAAGGCAGAAAAGCUGCCACUCUUCAAGAGCCUGGCAGAUACCUUUUGCCAUAACUGCCACCAAGAAGAGUGGUUCGUCAAGCACGGUGGUACUCUGGGUAUCGAGAUCCUGACCACAAAACUUGAUAUCAGCGAUUCUUGGGUUACGGAGGGCCGUCGACUCAAUGAGUUUGCUAGAGCCCUUAUGUACGUCAUGCAGGACAUGCCGCUGGAUCUGACAAGCUCGACGAGGGUGAACGCACAGACGACGCUAGAAAAGCUGCUGCGAAGAUGCAAUGGGACAAUCAACAAGGACGACCUCAGCAAACCUCCGAACUCGGACAACAAACUGCUCAGCCUUUGUGGUUUCCUUGUCACACUGCUUUCUCAUUCGAACAAGCACGUGCGCUUAGCAGCUCAGCACAACUUUAAGGUCAUUGCCGAAAUCACUGGUUCUGAGCCUCAUGAGCUUGUCCUUCCUGUCAGCAAGAGGCUGCUCGAUCCCAUUUUCAACAAGCCCCUUCGGGCACUGCCAUUUUCGAUCCAAAUUGGCUACAUCGAUGCAGUCACUUUCUGUUUGAAGCUGGGUCACAACGUCCUCCAAUUCAACGAAGUGCUCACCCGUCUACUUACCGAAGCUCUAGCCCUUGCGGAUGCGGAAGAUGAGGGUCUCACAGCAAAACCUCAAGAGCAGAGAAACGCUGAAGCCAUUGUCAACCUGCGAGUCGCCUGCAUCAAGCUCUUGUCGACCGCUCAAGGAUUCCCCGAGUUCUCCUCUAACCCUCCCAACCAAACCUUCCUCAGAGUCAUUUCUGUAUUUUUCAAAGCGCUCUACUCCAAAUCGCCGCAGGUUGUUGAGGCUGCCAACGCUGGUCUGCAGGGCGUACUCCACACCACCAACAAGCUUCCUAAGGAUGUGCUGCAGAGUGGUCUUCGUCCUAUUUUGGUCAACCUACAAGACCCCAAGAAGCUUACGGUUGAAGGCUUGGACGGCUUGGCAAGACUUCUGAAGCUUUUGACCAAUUACUUUAAGGUCGAGAUUGGUUCGCGCCUGCUUGACCAUAUGAAGAUCAUUGCGGAUGCUCGGGUAUUACAGGCCGUUUCAUUUACGCUCAUUGAGCAGAACAAGUCUAUGAAGACUGUUACUGCCAUCCUGAACGUAUUUCAUCUUCUUCCUGCUGCUGCUGUCGGCUUCUUGGGAUCCCUUGUUCAAAAGAUCAUCGAGUUAGAAGCAGCCUUGCGGCGGACGCACUACAGCCCCUUCAGAGAACCGCUCAUCAAGUACCUCAACCACUAUCCUAAGGAAGCUUGGCAGGAGUUUGCCCCGCACAUCAGAGAUCAUGCAAAUGGCCGUUUCUUUGCCCAGAUCAUUGCAGACCCUGCUAGUCGUCCGCUGAGAGAAGUCAUCGUAAACGAUACUCAGGGUUUCAUCAACUCAUUCAUGAUCGACGACGAGCAGAAACGAUGGCCCGCUGCAAUCAAUGCCAUCCAUGUGGUGGAAUCGGUGUGCAAACAUCCCGAGACAAGCAAUUGGCUUGUCAAUCACGAUGACUUGCGGAAAGCUCUUCUAGAGUCCGGCAAGGCUUUGGAGACGCGCCUCAGGCAAAACACCAUCGAGGCCAGUUUGCGUCUUGCUGUCGACCAAGCGGGAGAGAGGAUUAUGAGUGUUUUCACCAAUUACCUCAAGCAUGAGCCAAACAACCUGGACUUCUUUGUGGAGGUUAUCGAUGGAGUCACUGCGGAAGAGCUCAAGGCUUCGCCUUUGCUCUUCCACUUCAUCUACAAUCAAAUGAUCUCCAGCGAGUCUGUUGAGUACUGGAGAAUGCUUGUCGUCCGUUGCAUAGACCUCUACACUGGCCGCAACACGUCGCAGAAGACCAAGACCUUUGCCUUCCACUACAUUGUGAACCCUAUCUUCGCAAUGGACGCCAUGCGUAACUGGGACAAUCUCUUCGGCACUAGCAAGGGCACCAAGCUCAUGGACCGCAACAUGACAGAGACCAUCCACAACCGUCUCUGGCGCGUCUAUUCCGUGGAGCAGGUAGAAGAGACAGGCCAGUUGGGUGUCGAUCACUCGAGGAUGGAACUCCUCCAGAUGACUACUCUCCUUGUCAAGUAUCAUCAUAGUCUCAUCCAGGACGCUCGUAAGGACGUCAUCAAGUUUGGCUGGAAUUACAUCCGUUUGGAGGACAUUAUAAACAAGCACGCGGCGUACGUGCUUAUCGCAUACUUCAUUGCUCAUUAUGAUACCCCACCGAAGAUCGCGAUCCAGAUCUACUCUCAGCUGCUCAAAGCUCACCAGAAUGAGGGGCGGCCGUUAGUCAUGCAAGCGCUCGAAGUGCUUGCUCCGGUCUUGAAGAAGCGUAUCGGCGGUGUCGACAACAAGCAGCCGCCUAUGUGGGCUAGGAUCCCGAAAAAGAUUCUCACCGAGGAGAGCUCCAACCUGCAGCAACUCCUAUGCAUAUUUAACUUCCUUGUUCGCCACCCUGACCUCUUCUACGAGGCUAGGGAACCACUAGCCACGAUCAUAAUUCCCUCCCUGCAGAAGAUUGCUCAGCCGCCUAGCCUGGGAAAUGAGAGCAAAAAGAUCGCUCUCAAUCUCAUAAACUUGCUCCGCCAUUGGGAAGAGAGGACAGCCAAGGAUACUGGCCUCACCAUUGAGCAACUGUCCAUUGGCGGCUCACGAUCUCCAAAAAGACGGCAUGAUGGCACCAUGGUUGACCACACCCCACCGGCAAGGUCCUACGUGGCUCCCUCUACUCUCCGUUUGAUGCUCAUCAAAUACUUGGUCCAAUUCAUCAUGUACAUUCCUGAGCGUUUCCCGGUACCAUCUACGAAGACGAGGGAGUCUACGGCCACUACCAAUGGCGCUCCACCUGCGCAGUCGACCGACUCUGUUCAAAUGGCGCUGCACCUGCUUCAUGAUUUACUUUCCUCUUUCUACUGGAGCGACCUCGACCUUGACAACAUUUUGACCCGGGUCGAGCACGUUUCCACGGCCGAAUCCAAGCAGGAUGAGAAGCCUGAGGUCUAUACUACCAGGCUGAUGAACGCGCUGCAAGUUGUCAAGGUACUUGUCAACGUCAAAACAGGUGAUUGGAUUUUGGGUCAUCUUCCCCAGCUGCAGAAGAUAUUGGAAAGGUCUGUGCGCAGCGAGAAUGCGGAGAUACAGGAUUGCAUGCACGCGCCCAGCGAAGCAGAUGCCAAGCCCAAAAUGCAGCCACUCCUGAAGCGCGUCCUCGAGGUGAUGCCGGAACCUACCACGGAUGAAGAGGGCACCACUGAAGAAACACCUUCUACUGAAUUUGUUCAGUUCUGCAGCACGGUUGCAACAGAGGCGCUUUCCAACAACAACAAUAUUGCUGCUAUUAACAUCCUAUGGACUCUCUGCCUGCGUCGGCCGGAUGACAUAGACAAUCAGCAUAUUGCUUCGAUGGUCAAGGUUCUCAACCACAUGAGCAGGGAACACCUCACUGCGCCGAACCAGCCACAAGGACAGGCGUCUUUACCUCAUGGCAUGCGGCCAGAUCAACCUAACGGUGCUCCCUUGGGCUCCUAUGAGCAUGAAAUCCAGAUCAGGCUCAUUUUGAAGGCCAUUGAUUUCUUGGCCGCUCGCAUGGCGCAAUUGGGAGACCAGAGGCGUCCAUUCUUGACGGUUUUGGCAUCCCUAGUUGAGCGCUCUCCAAGCAAUCUCAUCUGUCAGAAGAUUGUCGACCUUACCGAGGGCUGGAUCUUUGACAGCAAUGAGCCGGUCCCGACGCUCAAAGAGAAAACGGCAGUCCUAUCAAAGAUGCAAGCUUUCGAACAGCGUACAGACAAGACGCUCUUGACCAAGUUCCUCAACCUCGUCAUCCGCAUUUAUGAGGAUCCCAAGAUCACCAGGUCGGAGCUUACAGUCCGUAUGGAGCAUGCAUUUUUGAUUGGCACCAGAGCCGAGGACGUAGAUAUGCGGAACAGAUUCAUGACCAUCUUUGACCGCAGUCUCAGCCGGACGGCAAGCGCACGCUUGAACUAUGUCAUCGCGGGACAGAAUUGGGACAUCCUCGGUCGCUCAUUCUGGUUGAACCAGGUCAUUCACCUCAUGUUUGGAUCGAUCGAGAUGAACACUUCCGUUCACCUGCACAGCGAAGAUUUCACAGUCAUGCCGAUUUCAGCACUCUAUGGAUCCUAUUCGAAGGAUUCUCGUGCUAGCGAUGUCAUAGUAGACGACCAACUUGAGUCCUACAUUUCAGCUCAUCGGCAGUUUAUGAACUCCAUCAGCGAUGUCAAAAUUCGCGAUCUCUUUGAACCUCUCACUCACCUUCAGCACGUCGAUCCGGACCUGGCGCACGACAUUUGGGUGGCCUUCUUUCCCCUUUGCUGGUCUGCGCUUCCGAGGGAGGACCAAGCAGAUCUUGAAAAGGGCCUUGUUGCUCUGCUCACCAAGGAUUACCACAUCCAGUCGAUUGACGAGAGGCCCAACUGCGUGCAAACUGUCCUCGAGGGCGUUGUCAAGGCGAGGCCAAGAGUCAAAUUCCCACCUCAUGUCAUGAAGUUCCUUGCGCAGACCUACAACGCGUGGUACACUUCUCUGUGCUACAUGGAAGAUUUCGCUAUCGACCCCAUUAUUGACACCGCGCCCAUCAGGGAGAGCAACCUUGAUGCAUUGCUUGAGGUUUACUCUCAACUCGAGGAGCAUGACCUGUUCUACGGCACUUGGAGAAGACGCUGCCAGUAUGUUGAAACGAACGCGGCAUUAUCUUACGAACAGAAUGGUAUGUGGGACAAUGCUCAAAAGUUGUACGAGACGGCCCAAAUCAAGGCUCGCACAGGAGCUCUGCCUUUCUCUCAAGGCGAGUACAUGCUCUGGGAAGAUCACUGGGUGGUGUGCGCGCAAAAGCUGCAACAAUGGGAGAUCCUGAGCGAUUUUGCCAAACAUGAAAACUUCAGCGACCUCUACCUUGAAUCCAUGUGGAGGAUCUUUGAUGCUUGGCAAAAUAACGAGACGCGCGAGCAGUUGGAGUCGAGCAUCAAGGCGGUCUCAGACUCCCCUACGCCUCGGCGCAUUUUCUUCCAGGCUUUCAUGUCGUUACUUAAGCUUCAUGGUCAGACGGAGGCUCCUCAAGAUUUCAACAGAAUCUGCGAUGAAGCCAUCCAACUAUCCAUUCGGAAGUGGCACCAGCUUCCCAAGAGGAUUACCAAUGCUCAUAUUCCACUGCUGCAAAACUUCCAACAGUUGGUUGAGCUCCACGACGCUAGUGUCAUCUGCACCAGCUUGGCUCAAACAAGUCAGCAGAACUUGGACCACAAGUCUCAGGAACUCAAACUCCUACUCAGCACGUGGCGUGAUCGCUUGCCCAACUUCUGGGACGACAUCAACGCAUGGCAGGACCUUGUCACAUGGCGUCAGCACAUCUUCCAGCUCAUCAACGGCAAGUACUUGCAACUUCUGCCUCAGCAGCAGGGUAAUGCUUCUGGAAACUCGUACGCCUACAGGGGCUACCAUGAAACGGCUUGGAUUAUCAACAGAUUCGCUCACGUUGCUCGUAAACAUAGCCUUCCGGAGGUUUGCAUCAACCAGCUUAGCCGGAUCUACACGCUGCCAAACAUUGAGAUCCAGGAAGCUUUCCUCAAGCUUAGGGAGCAAGCCAAGUGUCACUACCAGAACAAGACUGAGCUCAACAGUGGCCUUGACGUUAUCAACAACACCAAUCUCAAUUACUUUGGUGCGCAACAGAAGGCCGAGUUCUAUACUCUUAAGGGCAUGUUCCUUGCGAAACUGGGCCAGAAGAGCGACGCGAACGAUGCCUUUGGCAGUGCGCUCUACUUUGACAUCAAGUUGCCCAAGGCUUGGAAGGAAUGGGGUCGUUAUAACGACAAUCUGUUCAAAGAAAGCCCGCAAACCCUGGACAAGGCCGCAUCGGCAAUCAGCUGCUACUUGGAAGCUGCAAGCCAGUACAAAAACCACAAGUCGCGCGAGCUUCUUGGUCGUAUCUUGUGGCUUCUUAGCCUUGACAAUUCUGAGCACCUUUUGUCUAAGACCUUUGAGCAGUUCAAGGGCGAUACCCCGUCGUGGUACUGGAUCACCUACAUCCCUCAAUUGUUUAUCGGUCUUUCUCGUCCCGAAGCACCCAUUUGCCGGAAGGUACUCGGCCAGCUUGCCAAGACAUACCCACAGGCCUUGUUCUUCCAACUCCGUACGAGCCGUGAGGACAUGCACGCCAUUCGCAAGCAACAGGAGGCAAAGGAAGCGAGGGAGAAAGCUAUCCCCCAGAAUCAGAACCAGGCUCAGAACUCUCCACAGAUCAAGCAAAGCGGCUCCCCUCCAAGACCGGGUACCGCUAAUGGAGAGCAGAGGCCUGGAAGUCAGGCUGGUGGUAACAACAAUCAACAGCAGGGUGGCCAGCAACAGCAGCAACAAAACCAGCAGCAACAGGCCAAUGGGCAACAAAAUGGUGGGCAACAGGGUUCUGGUACUCCGAAGGUCGAGGGUGCACCUGGUCAAUCGACGCCGGGCGAGCAACCCGCGCAGCCGAAGAAGCCUUGGGAGUAUGUGGAAGAGGUUAUGGCAGCGCUCAAGACUGCAUUCCCUCUUCUUGCACUGUCCAUGGAAACCAUGAGCGACGGUAUCGCCAAGCACUUCAAGUGUCCUCCUGAUGAGGAUGCCUACAGGCUGAUCGUGGCUUUGCUGAACGAUGGUCUAAGCUAUGUCGGUCGUCAACCAGCAUUGUACGCACAAGAUGUCAAGCUGCCUAGCUCUACCGAGGCCAACAUUACGCGUUUCGCUGAGUCGGUCCUUCCGCCGCACAUCCGCCGGUCCUUUGAGGCGGACUUCGUCAACAAGAAGCCUACGAUGUAUGAAUACAUUCAGAAGCUUCGCAAAUGGAGGAACAGAUUCGAGGAGAAGCUGGAUCGUCGUCGGCUUACGCACUACUUAGAGCAGUACACGACCCAUCUUAGCGACUUCAAGUACCAGAAGUUUGACGAGAUUGAAGUCCCCGGUCAGUACUUGCUUCACCGCGACAAGAACCAGGACUUUGUCCGCAUCGAACGCUUCCUUCCCGACAUUGAUCUGGUUCGUACUGUUGGUUUCUGUCACCGUCGUCUCAAGAUUCGUGGCCAUGAUGGCAGCACUCAUCCGUUUGCUAUCCAGCACCCUGCUGCCAGAAACUGUAGACGCGAGGAGCGCAUCUUGCAGCUGUUCCGCAUCUUCAAUACCACCUUGUCCAAGCGCAAGGAAAGUCGACGUCGCAACCUGCAGUUCACUCUGCCGCUGAUGAUUCCUCUGUCGCCUGGUGUCCGUAUGAUCCAGGACGACUCAUCCUACAUCAGUCUGCAGGGCAUUUACGAGGACUACUGUCGCCGCAAUGGCGUCAACAAGGAUGGCCCGAUCCUUUUCGCGAUCGAGAAGCUCCGCAGUAUCGGACCGCAACUGAUGAAUCCGGUUCCACCGGCUGGACACCCGAACUCCGAGAUGGCCAGGCAGCGGAACCUGGAGCACAGUAACGCCGUCCGCUUGGAGAUCUUUGCUGCUAUUCAGGAGAAGUAUGUUCCUCCGACUGCAAUGCUGGACUACUUCAACGCAACAUACCCAUCCUUCGCCGACUUGUGGCUCUUCCGCCGGCAAUUCUCGUACCAGCUCGCCGCGCUCACCUUCAUCACCUACGUCAUGCACAUGAACACGCGCUACCCUCACAAGAUGAACAUCUCACGAGCAUCAGGCAAGAUCUGGGGCAGCGAGCUGAUCCCAGCCAUGGCAGGCGGCAAGCCGCUCUUCCACAACCCGGAGCCGGUGCCAUUCCGGCUGACGCCGAACCUACAAACGAUGAUGGGCCCGCUCGCGACCGAGGGCAUCUACGCGCCGGCGCUGAUGGCCAUAGCGCGGUGCCUGGUAGAGCCCGAGGGCGAGAUCGAGAUGCAGCUGUCGAUAUUCGUGCGCGACGAGAUGGUGCACUGGCAGACGCAGCAGCACCGCAACAACGUGGCCGACGGCGCGCUGCGCGACAGCGUCGAGCACAACUCGAGCCAGAUUGUCAAGCGCGCUAAGAGCCUCGCCGAGGUCCCCAGCAGUGGCAACUUGCCCGCUAACCAGACUGUUGUCGACCUUGUUGCUGCGGCUGUCAAUCCGACGAAGCUGUGCAUGACGGAUCCGUUGUGGAUGCCGUAUCUGUGA